AUCCCAGGCAGAGACCAACCCUGGCCUUUGGGAAUCAGCCAGCACAACUAUUCUUCCUUGCAGAUCUCUGUGGAAACAAGCUCUGAGAGGAGUCAGGAUUGCCUCACCAUGGAGGGGAAGCUGAGCUUGGCCAACACCCAGUUCGCGUUGGACCUCUUCCACAUCCUGAAGGACACCAAUCCCUCUGGGAACCUCUUCUUCUCCCCCAUGAGCAUUUCCUCAGCGCUGGCCAUGGUCUUUCUGGGGACCAGAGGCACCACCGCAGCACAGAUGUCCAAGACUCUUCACUUUGAUGGGGUUAAGGAGAUCCAUUCCAGUUUUCAGAGUCUGAAUGCUGAUAUCUACAAGCACGGAGCUCCCUACACUCUGAAGCUUGCUAAUAGAUUAUAUGGAGAGAAAAACUGUGGGUUCCUCCCUGAGUUCUUGACUUCAACCCAGAAAAUGUAUGGAGCUGAACUGGGCAGAGUAGAUUUUCAGCGAGUCUCUGAAGAUGCAAGAAAGGUGAUAAACGAGUGGGUCAAAGGGCAGACUGACGGGAAAAUUCCAGAAUUGUUGGCUGUAGGCAUGGUUGAUAAUAUGACUAAACUUGUGCUAGUUAAUGCCGUCUAUUUCAAAGGAAACUGGCAGGAAAAAUUCGUUAAAAUGGUCACAAUCGAUAUACCUUUCAGAUUGAAUAAGAGAACGACAAAAACAGUGAAAAUGAUGUAUCAGAAGAGCAAAUUCCCAUUUGGCUACAUUCAGGACCUUAAGUGCCGGGUGCUGGAGCUGCCUUACGAGGGUGAGCUCAGCAUGAUCAUCCUGCUGCCAGAUGACAUCGAGGAGGAGGGUCUGAAGAAGAUCGAAGAUCAAUUGACCUUAGAAAAACUGCAUGAGUGGACCAAACCUGAGAAUCUGACUUCCUUUGAUGUCAACGUCCACCUACCCAGGUUCAAGCUGGAAGAGAGCUACAACCUCAACUUUAACCUGGCCAGCCUGGGUAUAGAGGAUCUCUUUACUAGCAAGGCUGAUCUGUCUGGCAUGUCAAAAGCCAGAGAUCUUUUUAUAUCAAAAAUUGUCCACAAGUCUUUUGUGGAAGUAGAUGAGGAGGGCACAGAGGCAGCAGCUGCCACCUUCUGCAUGCUUAUGCCAGAAGAAAAUUUUAUGGCCGACCAUCCAUUUAUUUUUUUAAUUCGACACAAUCCCUCAACUAACAUCCUGUUCUUAGGCAGAGUUUCUUCUCCGUAGAGACUGUGGAAAUUCAAGGCCAACCUCAGAACUUUGUCAGUGGCCCUUUCAAUGGUGAUAGUUUUCAUAUAUCUUCCACAACAAAUCUACCAUCCCAAAACAAAUCUCUAACUUCCUUUGUAAUGUCAGCUCUGUUGACUGUUUACACGCAUUAACUUUGGCAUAAGUAUAUAUUUUCCUUUCUUUAUAUUGAAAAAUUCAGUGAUUGCUUUUGAAUGCACCAAGCAGAUAUGUAGAUUCUUGGCAGUAUAGUAAACUAAGAAACUGCUGUAAAAA